AUGACUAAAGAAUGUAUGCGUAGUAAUGCAUGCCAGGUGGCUGCCCUAGAAGAAAAAUGUACUACUUUAGUGGUAAGCAAGAUUAACCGCUGGAGGUCACAGAAAGGAAAAAAGCCAGUGCCUGUAAGUAAAGUGCGAGCAAUGGUUGCAAACCCCAUAUGGGAUCCUGAAGCACCGCUACAGUCAUCUGAUGAUGAGUAUGUAUCCUUUUCUGAUGAUGAUAAUGAUGUGGACAGGCGACAAGCCCGUCCUAUCAUUACACAGCAGCGGAAAAGGAGACUACAAGAUAGAGCGCGUGGUUUGAGAAAUGGUGUACAUGAAGAGAUGAAUGAAGUGGUAAAAAGUUACACACAAACAGAGCUCAUGGAGCUGGCAAAGGUGUAUAAGCAUGAAGUUGGUGAAAAUGUGGGAGAAUGGUUAUUGCGCAUGUGGGAUGGAGGAGCUGACAGUGUGCAGUUGAAUGCAAGGGAAGCAUUAUGUAUGGGGCAGCUGACGCUGCAUCCACAGCUCAUGCAGGUAUUACGGAGGGUGAGGGAGAUUGGAGGUAAUUUUUCAUUAUUUGAUAUGGUGCGGCAUGCCAUAAUUGUGGCCUUCCCAUCUAGCAGUGACAUUGAGCCCAUUUCACCCUGGUCAAAACCGAGGGAUGCUAUUACCCGCAUUAGAGUUAUGGGUUGUGUGGUGGGAUUAAACAAGGAUAACUGGGAAGGUCCAGACAUGGAGGAAUUCACAGCCAGCAUGCGGUCUCGGUUUUUAAAAAGUGCACCCCAGGAAAUGAAGGCAUCUUUAUUGUCUUUGCUGGGCAGUUUGGGGAAUAAUGUAAAGGUACAUCAGCUCACCACUUAUUUAGCUGAAAUUGGAGAAUUAGAGUCAGAAUCUAACCCUAGGAAAGGUGUGUUUGCCGCUAACAGGACGAGGGAGGAGAUGGUGGAACCAAUAGAGGGAGAAAAGCAGGGAAAGUUUAGGAAUAAAACAAGGCUGAGAGUUAAUCGUUUUCAAAUGUGGAAUGAUUUGAUUGAGGCUGGUGUACCUAGAGAACAAAUUAAUGGAAUUUCAACACCUGCCAUGUUUGAAAAAUGGUUAAAUCUAAAAAAGGGUCUAAUAAAAAGGUACAGGUACAUUUGGCAUGCAAGGAUCAGGCAGACAAUACCAUGCCCUCUGCCCCAUUUGUCCCAAAGUCUCCUCCCCCUAGUUAUUUAAAAAACACUCCUCUCAUGCCUACAGACACAGCUCCUCUGUCCAUACCUCUAUUCCAACAUUGUGCUCCUUAUGCUGUGCCCCCACCCUCACUUCAAGCCCAAGAUAA